AUGGCGCCAAAAUACAUGGAAACGAGAAACUUCACCAGCAGCGACAUAAAUUUCAUGAGAACCAUCUCUAACAAUCCCGACAAACGACAGACCUGCGACUGCAAAAACCUCCAAGCUGCGAUGCCGGUUGAAAGGAGCAGGUCUUACGGCCUGUCCAUGUCUCUGUUCGAUCUCAGCAGCAGGAAGAAGAGCGAAGACGAUCCGGACGAGAAGAAGAAGAGAUGCACCCUUGGGACGAUAGCCGUGGCGGGAGAGAAAGACAGAGAUCGGAAAUCGAGUUAUUCCAAAUCUAGGCUGGUGCUGUUCUUCAGGAAGCUCAGGAGAUCGAUGAGCAGCAGCAGUGAAUCAAGUGGCGGCUACAUAGGCAAGGACGGGAGCAAAGUGACGACGGUGGUGGCGACGCCGGGCCAGGGACCGGACAGGCCGCAAGAGGUCUCCUACACCGACACCAAGGUCAUCGGCAAUGGCAGCUUCGGCGUCGUCUACCAAGCCAAAUUGUGCGACACCUCCGAACUGGUGGCCAUCAAAAAAGUUCUGCAGGACAAGAGGUUUAAGAACCGAGAACUACAAAUCAUGAGGAAAUUAGAACAUUGUAAUAUAGUUAAACUUAAAUAUUUCUUUUACUCCAGUGGAGAUAAGAAGGAUGAGGUGUACCUGAAUUUGGUCUUGGAAUAUAUCCCAGAAACGGUGUAUAAGGUAGCAAGGCACUAUAGCAAGUCAAAACAAACUAUACCUAUCAGCUUUAUAAAGUUAUAUAUGUACCAGUUGUUCCGUUCGCUAGCGUACAUCCACUCGCUAGGCAUAUGUCACAGGGACAUAAAACCUCAGAACCUUCUUCUGGACCCCGAAACGGGCGUUCUGAAGCUGUGUGACUUUGGCAGCGCCAAACACCUCGUCAAAGGCGAGCCGAACGUCUCCUACAUCUGCAGUCGCUACUACAGGGCUCCAGAACUGAUCUUCGGAGCUAUCGACUAUACCACGAAGAUAGACGUGUGGAGCGCCGGCUGCGUCUUGGCGGAACUUUUGCUCGGGCAGCCGAUCUUCCCCGGCGAUUCGGGAGUGGAUCAGCUGGUGGAGAUCAUCAAGGUGCUGGGUACGCCCACCAAGGAGCAGAUCAAAGAGAUGAACCCCAACUACACCGAGUUCAAGUUUCCGCAGAUCAAGUCGCAUCCGUGGCAACAGGUGUUCCGAGUGCGGACCCCGCCCGAGGCGAUCGAGCUGGUGGCCCGCCUCCUCGAGUACACGCCCUCCUCCCGGGUCGGCCCUCUGCAGGCGUGCGCCCAUCCCUUCUUCGGCGAACUGCGCGAGCCCAACACGCGUCUGCCCAACGGCAACGAGCUGCCGCCCCUGUUCAAUUUCACCGAGCACGAAUUGAGCAUCCAGCCGUCGUUGAACAGCAUCCUGAUGCCGAGAGGGGCGGCGCAGGACGGCCCCUCCCCCUCUGCCGACGGCGCCGCCUCCGCGGAUCCCGCCGACCAAUCGCCGGCGGCCCUGCAGGCGGCCGCCGCCUCCGGAUUGGCUUAGGCGGUCGGCCGGCCCUCUGGCCCCGCCCCCUGUCCCCUCCCCCCACUUUCCUUCGGUUUCGUUUUCGAUGAACGCGGGUCGCGCGGUUGGAUUGCGGGCAUGCGCGAGCGGGUUUAUUUGUUCGCUUUUUAUCGGAAAUGUUUUUUUUCUUUCAGUAUUGGAGGCGAAAAGAAUCCUUUGAUAUAA